GCGAAAAUGAGACCGAAGCACAGAGCAGGAAGAGACUGUGCAGGGGGCACUUGGCCACCUCCGGCAACUCCACCAUGAGCUACAGAACAUAUUUAGUAGCUGGCUGUUUUCUGUGCAUUGGAGUUGCCAGGAACCCAAAUGGAAUUACUACAGCAGGUUCGAGUUUCAGGAAAAGCAGGGAGCUUUCCUGCGUGUUUGAGACAAGCAAAAUCAUCCCCCUGUCCAAAGAGAUCGAGACUAUCAGAUUGAACGUCAGGCUUCUGCUGAGUGGAACUGAAUCAAAAGAGGAUCAAAGAUCUCACCCAGAAAAUCUACGAGACAACAUCCCCUCAUUUUUUGUAGACGAGUCCUCAGUGGAUAUUCUCCAGCAUGCAAAUGAGGAUAUCAAUGCACUCGACUGUAGGAUCAGCACAUAUUUUACAGCUGACACUCAGAUCAUCUGGCCUGGGAGUGAAGUGAGAGCCAGCAAGUUGGACUCUUGGUUCACCUGCACCAUAAAACAUGCAGCUGAAAAAUACAUGACUACAGCCUUUCUUGUGCAAACCCACCAAGAAAGUGAGAACCACAAUCAAGGACAGCUUUCUCAAGGAAUUGCAGAGCAAUCACACCUUUCAGCUGUGUUCCUGGUGCACACAAGAUCCCCUGUAGUCCGAUCAGCCUUGUCUAAGGAUGUCUUACUUGAUUGUACUUUCUCCAUCGAUCACCAAGCAGAUGUGACGGUCCAAUGGAUAUUAUAUCAGAAAGGGGGAAACAAGAAACUCAUGUUCUCUUACAAUGGAUCCAGCAAGCAGGUGGAACACAUGGCUGACCGAGCUGAGAUGUUGCCAGAGGAAAUCCCCAAGGGAAAUGCUUCUCUGUUACUCAGAAACGUGGGAAUGAGAGACGAAGGAACGUAUUCUUGCUCAGUGUCAGUGUCUUCUCUUACUGGGGAACAGACAAUCCAGCUGCAAAUCGAAGAAAAACCCACAGUGACCAUCAAUGUUAACUCCCUGUCCCUGGUGGAAGGAGAGCAGCACAAGCUGAUCUGCGACAUCAGGAACUAUUACCCGCUUGACGUCCAGGCUCAGUGGCUCCGAGAGCGUAAGGGGUCCAGGAAGGUCCCUGAUGUGGUGAAGAACGUUCUCUCAAGCAGCCACACACAGAGCAGCAACGGGACCUACAGCUGCUCCCGAUACUUCCUGCUCACGGCCUCCCUGAAGGAUGACGGACACAGGUACACGUGCCGGGUCGACCAUCAGAGCCUGCAGUCCCCCAUCAGGAGGAGCGUGAUUGUGAAAGUGAGAGGAGGUAUCUCCAUCAUCUGGCUGCUUCUCCUCCUCCUUGGCCUCUCUGUGUGCAUCACUGUGGUGCUAUACUACCUUCAUAAAGUGAGGAGCACUGCUAAGCCCAAACCUUAUUAGCCUACAGGACCUUUAAUUCCAGACAGAAAACAGAAACCCAGCACGGAGAGCAGAAAGAAGUGACUUCAUCAUGGACUGGAUUUGCUUUGUUUCAGCCAGAGAUGGGAUUUGGCAAAACACAAAUUCUGAUUCAGUGCUGUCUCAUAAUCUUUUUCUGGACAAGUGGAGAAUCUGGAUUUGGUAGAAUAUCCUGCAGAUUUCACAACUGCGAACAACAGCCCAACGUUUCAGAGGAGUGCAUAGGUGGAUUCUGCAAACAGGUUUUAAGUUGGAUGAAUUGUGUUGGUUAAUACAGGUUUUUUAAACGAG